ACACCUGCGACACUACGGCUACACGUGUUGUUUUCAUGCAAGACUGAGGUGUUUAAAUAAGCCCGAGACGUUUUUUCUGUGUUUGAAUCCGGUGUCAAGCCACAGCGACACAAAACAAAAUGGGAAAGAAACUUAAAGUUGGAAAAACCAGAAAGGAUAAAUUCUACCACCUGGCUAAAGAAACAGGUUAUCGGUCUCGUUCCUCCUUCAAACUGAUCCAGCUCAAUCGUAAGUUCCAGUUUCUGCAGAAAGCUAGAGCUCUGGUGGAUCUGUGUGCCGCUCCGGGUGGAUGGUUGCAGGUGGCGUCCAAGUUUAUGCCUGUUUCCAGUCUAAUUAUUGGUGUUGAUCUGGUUCCCAUCAAACCGAUCCCCAAUGUGGUGACGCUGCAGGAAGACAUCACCACCGAGAAAUGCCGACAGGCUCUCCGAAAGGAACUCCAAACAUGGAAGGUGGACGUCGUGUUGAACGACGGAGCGCCGAACGUCGGAGCCAACUGGCAGCAUGACGCCUUUUCACAAGCUCAUCUGACCCUCAUGGCUCUGAAGUUGGCCUGUGAGUUCCUGAACAAAGGCGGAUCUUUCGUCACCAAGGUUUUCCGCUCAAAAGACUAUCAGCCGCUGCUCUGGAUCUUCCAGCAGUUCUUCAAGAAAGUUCAGGCCACCAAGCCGCAGGCGUCCAGGAACGAGUCGGCCGAGAUCUUUGUCAUCUGUCAGGGUUUCGUCGCUCCAGACAAAAUCGACAGUAAGUUCUUCGACCCCAAACAUGCGUUCAAAGAGGUGGAGGUUCAGGCCAAGACGGUGAGGGAGCUGAUCCCAGACAAGAAACCAAAGGCGGAGGGAUACUCGGACGGGGAUCUGACGCUCUUCCACACUUUCACACUAACGGCUUUCCUGAAGGCUGACAAUGCUGUGGACUUUCUGGGAAAAGCCAGUGAGAUCACCUUCGAUAAUCCCGACCUGGAGUCUCACUCGGCCACCACUGAAGAAAUAAAGGAGUGUUGUCGUGACAUCAAAGUCCUCGGGCGCAAAGAACUCCGGUUGCUGCUGAACUGGAGGUCCAAGCUGAGGAGAUAUCUGGCAAAGAAGCUAAAGGACGAGGCCAAACAGCUCGACCAGGAAAUCAGUUUAAGCUCUGAUGAAGAAGAGAGCGAUUCGGAGGAAAAACCAGACAAGAAGAAGAAAAUGGCGGAGGAGGAGGAUGGAGGUGAUGAGGAAGAUGACGAGGAGGCAGAAAUGGAGAAAAAACUGGCAGAACUGAAAGCUGAGGAGGUGGCUGAGCUCAAAAGGAAGAAGAAGAAGCUGCUGAAAGAGAGGAGGAAGCAGAGGGAAAGAGUGGAGUUGAAGAUGGACCUGCCGGGCGUCUCCAUAGCGAACACCGAUGACGCAUCUCUGUUCUCGCUCAUGACUGUCAAGAAGCAGAAGGCACUGACUGAUAUCUCUAAAGGCGACAUGCAGGCGGCAGACGCUCUGGUGGACGGAGAGGACGACCUUCACUUCUCCGACGAAGGCGAUGAUGAUGACGAGGCUGAUAAAAUGUCUCUGGCUUCGGAUUUAGACGACGACGAUUUGGCAGACGUGGAGCAGAGACAGAAAGAGCUGGAGAAGAAAGCUCCAAAGAAGAAAGUAAAGUUCACCGAUGAAGAUGAGGAGGAUGAAGGCCAGGAGAGUGGUUUGGUGGUGGAGCUGGAGUCGAAGGACGAGAAGAUGGAGCGAGAGACCAACCUGUGGUUCAGCAAGGGCAUCUUUUCUGAGCUCGACCUGGAGGAAGAUGCAGAGAGUGAGCUCAGACAGACCGAGUGGCUCCAGAACAAACAGUCAGGAAAAGGUAAAAAGAGGAAAGCUGAGGAAGAAGUAAAAGAGGAGGAAGCUGCUCUGCCGGAGGAGGAAGAGGCGGGACCUUCACAGGAAGCUGUGGAUGAAAGCGACAGCGACUCGGAUGACAGCAGCGAUGAAGACGAUGAAAAGGAGAUCAGCCGGAUGAAGCAGGCCAGAGGAGCUGCCGGGACGUCAGGAGACGCCGACGAUGACGAUUUCCAGGUGGUUCCUGUCGAAAGCACCAGUAAGAAAGCGAGGAUCCUGGAUGCAGAAGGUUUGGCUCUGGGCUGUCAGAUCGCUACGUCCAAGAAGAAAGCCAGAGACCUGGUGGACAGCUCCUUCCACCGGUUUGCUAACUCUGACGAGCCGUGGGAGGUACCGGAGUGGUUCCUGGACGACGAACGGAAACACCGGAAGAAGCCGGUGCCGGUCACCAAGGAGAUGGUGGAGGAGUACAAACAGAAAUGGAGAGAGAUCGAUGCCCGACCAAUCAAACGCGUCGCUGAGGCCAAAGCCAGGAAGAAGAGGAGGAUGCUGAAGAAGAUGGAGCAGGCCAAGAAGAAGGCAGAGGCCGUGGUCAACACCGUGGACAUCUCAGAGAGGGAGAAGAUGGCUCAGCUCAAGAGCAUCUACAAGAAAGCUGGUGUGGGGAAGGAGAAGAGAGAUGUGACGUACGUCGUCACCAAGAAAGGAGCUGGCAAGAAGGUGAGGCGACCUCCAGGAGUGAAGGGAGUCUUCAAGGUGGUGGACGGACGCAUGAAGAAAGACAUGAGGGGGAUGCAGAGGAAAGAGCAGCACGCCAAAGGAAAAGGAAAAGGAAGACACGCUAAGGGGGGAAAAGGAGGCGUGAAGGGCGGGAAAGGGAGGAAAGGAAAAUAAACCUGGAACUCUUUCAGUCCUGCUGGUGUCAAACUGAGUUUUUCUGGAGCUGAGAAGCUUCAGUUUGGGUUCCUGUCGUCGACUAAAUGAACGUUUUAGCAGCUUUGGCUGGAGUUCUUUAAACCCAGGAAGCUUCAGACGUGUUGCAGGGUUUUUGUUUGUGCAUCUUUCUGAAGAUGGAAAGUAUUUUGAACUGUAAAUUACAGCUAAUCAAGUUUAUCAACAAUAAAUAUAUUUCUUCACUUUUGUAAAUAUUAAUCUGCAUCUUUUCAAUAAAAUGUUUUGUUGAAAUUUAA